AUGAAUUUUAACGUCUGGAAUAUCAAAGAGAUGCUCAGUAUUCCCUCAGGUUCUGGGACCACUAAUUCCUCUAGCUGGAAUAAUAAUCAGACUGAUCACUCCAGUCUCAGUGAUUCCCAGUUCCUCUUUGGAUCACAGUUCUGUCCAGAAAGUUCAGAGACUCUGUCAGCACCCUUGGACUCUGGUGUCUACUUGAGACACCCAAAACAGUCACAACAGAAUUCUCUGGAUAGUGAACCAAGUAUUUUCACAAAAUAUCAGACAAAACCCCAGCUAUUUGGAGGAAAUACAAAUGAUAGAGGCUUAUUUCCUCUUCCUUUGUCAGUUGGAAAAUCAAAGGGCCUCUUGGAACAAUUUGAGGAGAAAAAGAAAAGGGCAAAAGACAAAUGUGACAGUGAGACUCUAUACGACUUCAUUUCCCAUAUCAGAGAAAGCAUUCACAAGUUGCAGGCAUCUGUGGAAAAGUCUGAGGAACAUCUCAGUUCAAGAAGUCAAUCUAUUUUAGAUUGUUUGGAGACUGUGGCCAAGACAUUGCAAGAGACUGUGCAGGCCCAGAGUGAUCUGCUGUUGGGAACUGUGCAUGACAAAGGCAACAUGGAGCAGGUUAUCCUCGAGAUACGGAAGAGAUUUGAAGCUAGACAAGCAGAAUUUAUAGAAAUGAAGUCCGACCUGAAGCACCUUGAAGUUUUAGUUGCCCAGCAGAGUAAGGACUUCCAGCAGCUGUGUGAGCAGCUAGGCCAGCUGAAUGUGGCCAGCGUCCUAGCAGAGCUGAAGAGAUUGAUUUCAGUCCCUCAGGUACCUGGGCAUGUGAAAGACAGCACUUCCCAGACCUCACUACCUCUGGCCCAGAGCCUCAGUUUCACCAGGCAGGACAGAUAUGCCUCUGAGGAACCAGAUAUGUGGCAGACUCAGGCCAUCCCUGCUGUCUGGAAUCUUAGUAUGGGCUCCCUGCAGCCUGGGGAGUUUGCUGUCUAUACUGAGGGAGCAAGUGAUGCUCUCCAAGGAGAGGCUGUGCUGAUGGCCGCUGGAACCGGCAAAAGAAGCAGGCGAGUAAAGGACAAGGCAGUGCAGACCAACUGCCAGAAUUGGACUCUUAAUAAAACCAGCCCUGAGAAUCAUGGCUCUGGUUCCCCAGGCCACAAAGUUCCUUGUGACUGGAGCUGGGUUUCCCAAGGAGCCUCAAGGUUUAUACCCCUGGACUUUGAACCCAGCAUUAAGAACACUUGCCAAAAAUGUCAAGCUGAAGGUGUGCUUUCGUGUGCCCCUUGUGAACAAAGGCUGGUGACUGCACAGAAGGGCAGAACUAUGGAAAGAGGGGGGAAAGGCAAGAAGCAGCAGCCCAGGAAAGCCCGCAGAAGCAGGCUCCUAACCAGGAAGCAAGAACAAACCCCUAGCAAAACCUGUGCUUUCAAUUCUAAAUAUCCUCAGCUUCCAGUUUCUGGCCCACAAAGGCUCCCCCUGGAGCAGCAGGAACCCUUUGCUCAGUCCCUGCAUCUGUGGGGCUCCAGGACUCCCACAAAACCAGUCAUCCCUGUUCUGAGAGCAACAGUCAUGCCCAGUGAGACAGUGAGGGCAGCACAGGAGAACAUCUUGCAGCUCAGUGGGCAUUCUUCCAAAGACAACAGCCUGCUUUCUAAAAGUUCCCUGGGGGACCACCAGAUGAGCUGGUUCAGUGACCUCAACCCUGGAAGUUCAGAGUCUCCUCUGUGCAAGGAUCCAGGGAAGAAUAUGCUCUAUGAUCUGGGUUUUGACAGCAGUGAUGAUGGCUUUUGA